AUUUUUUUAUAGGUUAUUACUUAUCUUGGCGUCUUUAUGAAUAAGCUAAAUAAUUACAGAAUAUUCACAACAAAUGCUUUAUUAAAUAAAUAAAAAUCACCGGUACAAUAUCGUUUAGUUUCCAGUUUCUGUGAAAACGCAGUGAGCAGUUGGGAAUAGCAAGAAUACAUUAAGCAUAACAUCGGCGUUCAUUGAAAAUGGGCAAAAAAGUAAGAGAAUACAAAUCUGGCGACUUUAUCUUCGCUAAAGUAAAAGGAUAUCCAGCAUGGCCAGCCCGGGUCCAGAAAGCAAAUGGGAAGAAAUACUUUGUAUAUUUCUAUGGAACGGGAGAGACAGCAAAUCUGUCCCCCGCCAUGAUAUUUGACUAUGCAGAGAACAAAGAUAAGUUUCUGACUAAGAACGUGAAGCGACGAGACUUCAACGAUGGAGUGAAGCAGAUAGAACAUGACUUCGCUAAUAAUGUGCCGCUUGAGCAAGUUAUAGGAGUUCCUAUGGAGGUACCACCAGCUGAAUCUUCAACAAACGACUCUGCAAAUGACUCCACGACAAAUGACACCAUGGAUGACACCGCGGUCGACACCACCGCUGCCGACGAUACUAUGGCUGAUGACACUACCCUCAAUGCUACUCAGAAUGACACGGCAGUUGAAGACUCAGAUGACACUGGAAACUUGGUCAUAGAUGAAGGAAAGCAAAAACAAACAAAAAAAGGCAAAACCGACGUUAAACCUAAAGAAACCCCAUCCAAGCCUGCGAAAGAGCCCAAGACUCCUCGCAGCAAGGCCAAGAAGGAUGAGCCGGGUAAGGAGGAAGAUGACGAGAAGAAGGACGAGGAGAUUGUCAGCAGAAGUGGACGGAAGAUACGACCAAAGAGAUACAUAGACGAACAAACGGAAGACAAUAUGACAUUACCCUCGCCCGCGCCGAAAAAGCGUCGCGGCGCCUCCCCUCCCCCCGACAAGGAGAAAGAGAAAACUGAACAGAAAGAUAAACAGCCAGAGAAGAAUGUUAAACAGUUCAAUGCUGUGUCACAGUCAGAGCUAGAAGAUUUAAAAGAGCCGUUUAAACCAGAGGACGCAGAAAAAGAGAAUAUACUAAUAGCUUACUUACCAUCGGGGCAGUAUAUAGGCAUCAAACUAUUCCAGUCUAGACCGAACAGCUUUAAGAACGAAGCCUCUAGACUCCAGUGGGAUAAACAGGCCGCUUCUAACGCGUUGACACUCAAAUUACAAUUAGAAAAAGGUCACAUAACAACUCAGUCAGUAUUAGCUCAGCUGGUGACAGAUCUGAACCUCACAGACGAGGAAAAGGCUACACUUGAUAAGGAGAGAGAAACAGAGGAGAAGAAGUCCCGCGUACAAUUCCUGAAGACUGAGAUGAAGCUGAUCGAGCUGGACGCUAAGAUCAAAACGUGCCUUUCUCUAGACAAGGCAGAUACUGACAUGUGCCUCAAACUGUUGGAUGAGUUAAUUGAACUAGACAUAAAACCCCUGAUGCUGCUAAAGCACCCGACGUGCCUGGAGACCAUCAAGCGCAUGCGAGCGUAUGUCGGCAACACUCCCUCCUGGGAGCUGUCCGAGAGCGCGGCGCUGGUCUUCACCAAGCAGGCGCAUAAGAUCCGCAAGCAGGCUGACUCACUCUAUAAGAAGAUGAAGGACCUAUUCAUGCCACUAGAAGGAUUAUCGUUCUGGGAGUAUUUCACAAACCGCGUGCUCAAAUUCAAGAAGGUUACAUCCAAUUUAAGCGCUGAUGAGUUGCUCGAAAUGAUUCAUGAGCCUUUGGAGAUGUCACUACCCACAAUGCACUCGAUGAAAGAAGCCGUUGACGCCGCCAAUGAGGCUGAACAGCUCGAGAUCACACAACCAGAGAACGAUGACAAAGCUAAGAAGAAAUCUACACCAGCAAAAACAAAGAAAACAGCAAACAACACACCAAAACAGCCCGUCAAACGUCAAUCUUCUAGAAAACUACAACAAGAAGAGAAAGACAAAGAGCCAGAGGCAGAAGCACAAACAGAAACAACACCAGAAGAAGAAGAAUUAGCACCAAAACCCACAGAAAGUGAAGAAGCAACGGAGAAACAGAACGAAAGCCGGGAAAAAACGCCAGAAACCGCCCCAGAGCCAGAAAAACCCAGUGAAAGUCCAACAGAAGACACAGAACCGUCUAAAGAAGAGAAUGGAGAAGUGGAGAAGAAUGAGACGGAGAAGAAUGUGGAGAAUGAAGCGGAGAAAGUGGAGAAGGUUAAGGAAAAGGAGGAAGUUGGAGAACCUAGGGCGAAACGAUCGAGAGAGAUAAGACACAGGCGAAUCCAUGUAAUAUGAUGAUGUUUUGUACACAUAUUGCUGAAAGGAGCAAGAAGACUGAACCUCCGCCACCCAGAUCUCCAGCAAAGAGAAAGUCAAAAUUUUAAAUGAUUUUUUUGUUUUUAAAUAAAACAUUGGACUUUUUAUUUCUUUUGUACGAAACGGCCGCGCGGUGCGGUCUUGUUAUUGUUUGUGGGUGCAUUUUUAUAUUGUACUAUACUAUAGUGCUGUUUCACCCGCGUCCUGGGUGAAUUUCUUCCCGUACCCGGAUAAAAUAUAGCCUAUUCGGGAUAUCUAGAGAGACUUACACAGGGACAGUAGUAGCUUAUCAACAGUGAAAGAAUUUUUGAAAUCGGUUCUGUAGUUUCGGAACCUUUGCGGUACAAAUAAUGUGCAAUGGUUUAUAAUCUAAUAUUAUAUAAAAUGAUAAAUUUCGAUAAUUCUGUAGUUUCUUGAAGAAUCUGUAAAAUUAACAUAAUUACAUAUUGUUUUGUUAAAUAUUUUCUCGUGUACCUAUUUAAUAGCUGCCUAGAGCAUUACAAAUAAUAACAAAUAAUCAUACAGAGGCUAGUUUUUCAGUAAAUCUACUAGUAGAUAAAUUACUUAUAAACAAACAAAGUACAAUAAAAAAGUGCACCCACAAGCUGAAUAGUGGUAAACCCGCAAAUUAUUAUGUAAAAAUUUAGCGUAUAAACAAGUUUCUAUGAAAUAUUCGAAAUAAUCAUAAAUAAGUAUGAAUAACAAGCAUUAUUUGUACGAAAAUGUCUUCUAAACAUUACGUUGGUACAUAAUUUAUGUAGCAUUUUUUUUAUAUGUAUAAAGAAAGGUUUUUCGUUCCCAGUUUUUAAAUUGAGUUGCCGAGUUCUAUGUGUAGUUGACAGCUGCCAGUUUUCUAGGGAAAACCUAUUUUUUUUUUGUAUUAACUUACAGCAACUGUCAAUUGCACAGAAAACCCGUCAGACGCAUACAUAAUUUUGUGCAAUGUAUUGUAUACUUCAACUAAAUAAUAGUAAUAUUAUAUCUAUAGUGUUAUGAAAAUCCAAGACAGAUUUUAGAAAAGGUUUGAUUUUAAAAUAGAAUGGUUGCAAAAUAGUAUUGUCAAGAUUUUUUUAAAUAAAUUCUUUUAUAAUAAGUCUGCAUGUUUAUUAAGGAUCAAUAAUUACAGUGAUUGUUUUUUUAAUGUCAAAAUCUUGAUCUCUCCGACUCUGUAACACCCAUUUAGUUAUAACGAUAACCGAACCUUUUCAGUUGUCAAAUCGCCGAUGUGACCAAUGGGCGGCAAGUAUACGGCUGGUUAUGGUUUGGUUAUCGUUAUAGUUAAAUGGUGCAACUCACCCUUAUUAAUUUACUAUUGAAGAGAUAAGAUCUGUAACUUGACUUUUUAGUGGAAAAUUACUCAGAUAUUGUGAAAAUUAUAGUUUUUCUUCUUAUACUUACUUUUCUAUGGAACUGCAUAUGUAGCCCAAAAUAUCUCGUAAAAAUUUUAUCUGAUUAAACUAGACUUUUAGAAGUAUGAUCAAUGAGCGUUAAUCACCAUGUGCGCGAAAGCGGACUUUAAAUCCAGGUGUCAUCCAAAUGUUUUUUUUACCUUCACACAGUCUGAAACUUCAUUAGAACUAUUUUUUAAAUUACAAGAAAAUUAGUUUAGUAUCAAAAGAACAUUUUAAUUAAUAGGUAUUAUAGUUUUUUUUUUAUCCAGCACAGAUUGAGAACGUUUAAAAGCGUAGUAAGAUGUUUUCAAAAUAUUACAACUUUUGUUAUUUCAUGUUCGGAAACAACUGAAUAAAAAAGUUAAUAAAGUACAUUUUUUUAUUGUAUUAGACGUAUAUUAGAGAUAAAUGUUAGCUAUAAUUUACAUUGUAAAUAUUUACAAUAAACAUACCUACGUAUAUGAA